GGCGAGCCGCGGCUGGGGCCGGGAGUGGGGAGUGCGGCGUGGAGCUGCUGCCCGGCGCGGGGGCUGCGAGCUCAGCGCCCUCUGCCCCAGACGAACCAACCUCGGUGCGGACCGGGGCCCAGGGCGUGGCGGCGGCAGCGGCGGCGGCAGCGGGAGAACGAUGGCAGCGCCCGCCGGAGCCGGGGCAGUGAUUGCAGCCCCAGACCGCAGACGCUGGCUGUGGUCGGUGCUGGCGGCGGCGCUCGGGCUCUUGACAGCUAGAGUAUCAGCCUUGGAGGUCUACACACCAAAAGAAAUCUUCGUGGCAAAUGGGACCCAAGGGAAGCUGACAUGCAAGUUCAAGUCUACUAAUACCACUGGCGGGUUGACCUCGGUAUCCUGGAGCUUCCAGCCGGAGGGGGCCGCCACGACAGUGUCGUUUUUCCACUACUCCCAAGGGCAAGUGUACCUGGGGAAUUACCCACCAUUUAAGGACAGAAUCAGCUGGGCUGGAGACCUCGACAAGAAAGACGCGUCAAUCAACAUAGAAAAUAUGCAGUUUAUACACAAUGGCACCUAUAUCUGUGAUGUCAAAAACCCUCCCGACAUUGUUGUGCAGCCUGGGCACAUUAGGCUGUACGUCGUAGAAAAAGAGAGUUUGCCCGUGUUUCCAGUUGGGGUAGUGGUGGGUAUAGUUACUGCUGUGGUCGUAGGUCUCACUCUGCUCAUCAGCAUGAUUCUGGCUGUCCUCUAUAGAAGGAAAAACUCUAAACGGGAUUACACUGGGUAAGAAACGCUUUUUUAGGGGAGGAGUGGAGGGAAGGAAUCAGGGUUUAUAAAAACUUAUGUAUUUUUAUGGGAAAAGGAUUGUGAAGAAUUAACUACUGUUUGCUUUCAUGUCAGAGUCAGGCUGUCUCCUUAGGAGGUGUUCUGACAUGGGCAAGCAGAAAUCAGUGGCCUGCUAUUAAAUGCGGAAUGUGAUACUAAUCCCUGUUCUACAGGUUCCUUUUUAGGUUUGGUGAAAUGAACUGCUCAGCAGUCUGUGCUCUGUAUUUCAGUACUAUCCACUCUGAAAUUAGUAUUCUUAAGCUACAGGCAUCACUUACCCAAUUUAAGAGUUUAAUUUUAAUUUCUUGGCAAUAAUCUCAUGAGUUUUUUUUUUUUUAGUUGGGUAAACGUAAAACCCUAAUCAAGAAGUUGUGAGCUGGGCGUGGUGGCGCAUGCCUGUAGUUCCAACUACUCAGAGGCUGAGGCAGGAGGAUUGCUUGAGCCCAGGAGUUUGAGUCCAGCCUGGGCAAUACAGUGACACCUCAUCUAUUU